UAGCCGCACACUGACUGCAGCACAACCGUCCUGACAUGUUGACAUUUCUGCCUUCGAGGAUUGGGCAACACGCAAACUGAAAUAAGGGACCAUUUAGAAAUAUUUUUACAGUCACUAUGGAUGGACACAUUUCACCAAACCGCCUGACAACCGGACGUUUGUUUUAACGAGUGUGUUUGCGAGCUACUGGAGUUAGCCGACAAGCUAAUGUCAACAUAGAUUAACUGUAACUGUCAGCUGUCAUCAAACCUUGUCACAGCCAUUUCAAUUUGUGACACCACCGUCUGAACAAACACAGGACCUGUCAACAUGAGGAUAUUAAGGUUUCUGAGGAGCAGCGUGUCCAUAGGGAAGGACAUAGACUAUUACUCCAAAUUUUCACCCUCUCCUCUUUCAAUGAAGCAGUUUCUGGAUUUUGGCUCAGAAAAUGCAUGUGAGAAAACAUCAUUCGCCUUCCUCAGACAGGAGCUGCCUGUGAGGUUGGCGAACAUCAUGAAAGAGAUCAACUUAUUGCCAGACAACUUGCUAAGGACUCCAUCAGUCCGGCUGGUCCAGAGCUGGUACAUGCAAAGUCUUCAGGAGAUUCUUGAGUUCAAAGACAAAAACGCAGACGAUGAAAAAGUCACAUAUGAUUUCACAGAUGCUGUGAUAAAAAUCAGAAAUCGACACAAUGAUGUCAUCCCCACCAUGGCUCAGGGAGUUGUGGAAUACAAAGAGACUUACGGCACGGACCCAGUCGUCAGCCAGAACGUUCAGUAUUUUCUGGAUCGUUUCUACAUGAGCAGGAUAUCCAUCAGGAUGCUGCUCAACCAGCACACGCUCCUCUUUGGUGGGAAGGUGAAGGUGAACCCAGCACAUCCCAAACAGAUCGGCAGUAUUGAUCCACACUGUCGGGUCAGUGAGGUUAUUAAAGACGCCUACGAAAAUGCACGAAAUCUCUGUGACCGGUAUUACAUGAACUCUCCUGAGCUGACACUGGAGGAAUUCAACGUCAAAGAGCAGGGAAAACCCAUCACUGUCGUCUAUGUCCCAUCUCAUUUGUAUCACAUGGUGUUUGAACUUUUUAAGAACGCCAUGCGAGCCACCAUGGAGUUGUACGGCGAUGCCUUGGAGUAUCCUCCCAUCCACACACAGGUCGCUCUGGGAACUGAAGAUCUGACUGUCAAGGUGAGCGAUCGGGGAGGAGGCGUGCCCCUGCGGAAGAUCGACAGGCUGUUCACCUACACGUACUCCACGGCUCCUCGGCCCAGCAUCGACGGCUCACGUGCCGCUCCUCUGGCUGGUUAUGGUCACGGCCUGCCCAUCUCUCGACUGUAUGCACGGUACUUUCAAGGGGACCUGAAGCUGUACUCUCUAGAGGGAUAUGGAACUGAUGCUGUGAUCUACAUUCGGGCGCUCUCCACGGAGUCCAUCGAGAGGCUCCCUGUGUACAACAAGUCAGCGUGGAAACACUACAAGACGAUCCAUGAGGCCGACGACUGGUGCGUACCGAGCAAAGAGCCGAAGGACAUGACGACGUUUCGUAGCUUCUAGAGUCAAAUAACAAAUGGUCCUUUAGCAAAGUGUACAGGGGGGUUGUGUGUGUGUGUGUGUGUGUGUGUGUGUGUGUGUGUCUGUAAUGGUAUUUGAUCAUUUCAGAUUACUUUGUACAGAAAUUAAAGAACGAUAGAACAAAGUUUUAGUGCCAUAUGUUUCAUAUAGAACAACGGUGUUUGGUAUGAUGAACAUUAUGGAGCUCAGCAACCCCCACUUAAGAAGAAUGAUUUACUCCUACUGUUACACAACACUAAUGGUUAAAACUGAGAGUAACUAGGACCAGUUUUCUAAAAAGACACACUGCAGGUCAAAGGAAAAUUUAGCCAAACUGGAUUUUUUUUAGGCAAAUACUGGCAUUUGUAUUUGGAUUUAAAAAAAUCUUGAUAGACUGAAAAGUAGUGACCAAUACUCUUUUGGAGAAAAACACAAAGAAAGAUAUAAAAUAAGAUAACUUUUUUAUUUAUUAGGACCCUUAAAUUUGGUUACUUAACACUUAUUUCCAAGACCUGUGCUGAGCAGUACUUGUCAGUGCUUAACGCCCUCUGGUGGACAAUUUAUGUAACAGCAACACUGUCUCUAAAGUUACUUAUGAACAUUAACAACAAUAUUAAUGUGUCUGUGAUAAGCUACAAGUUGGCCCAUGUGCCGGCCAUGUUCUGGCUGAAAUGUAAUUUCUUUAUGCUUUUAGAACAACAAAAACCUGUCUUGUAUUGAGCAUAAAAUCUCACCACCUGAAACCAUCUGCAUUAGAUGCCAUUUGUGUUAAAGAGGAAAAUAUGAUUUUCCAUAAUUUCAGUCAACUCAUUAUUUAAGGUAUGAACUGUGCGACUAGUUAGUUUUUACAGUUUGCUCUACUAGUACAGCUUUACCCAGAAUGCUUAGUUGCACAUACUUAAAGUUAAAUGUUUUGUUCAGCUCUGCUUCUUCAUUCUCCUCUGUGUGAAGUUUGAUACUUUUGAUGUUACUCAGUGAACUGCUGCUUGUUUUUAAAUCUGUUGGGAGUCUCUGCUGGUGGGUUAUUUUUCUUAAAAUGUUUAGGGCAUUUCUUCUUCAGUUGGGUGGUGUACACAAGAAACACGAUCAAAAGUGUUGAUUGACUCUGGCACUGUUUUAUUGUAUAAGGAAACUGAGUAAUUAGAAAAAAUGUGCACUCUGAUGUUUAAUUGGAUUUGUAGCACAUUUAGUAUUCUUAAAUUCUCAGUUAAUUUGCAAAUAAGGUUCUGCAAAUUUGAAACUAUCUUUUUUUUCUCAUGACAGUAUGAUAUAAUAGCAAAAUACAGUAUUUGUGUUUUCUGUGGCUAUUAGGAUUCAUCCAUUUUCUAUGUUGCACUCCAACACUCCAAAACUAUAUGGAUCAUGUUCAGUAUAAAAAUAAAUACUUCUGACAGACAGAAAAGCUCUAUGCAAGAGGAGUAGAGGUAAGGAGCUAAUGUAACACACAUGCUACUAGUUUGAUUUUUUUUUUAAAUAUUAAUUGGUAUAGUCAACAUUUGGCCUCUCAGCUUAUUUUAAACACUACAUUGAUGUCAAAUGUGUUCAAACAUUCUCAAAGAGCUUGAGGGCAUUAAAACAAAAAUCAUUGUCA